AUCACAUCCAGCCUGACGUCUGGGAGCCUGUCUCCUGCGGCUGCGUCGUACUGCGUGGAGGUCCUGGAGGUGUUGUUUCAAGACAUGGAUCUCAUGUCACAUCUUAUGGACCACUUCCAGACGGAGGACCAGAUCAUCUCUCAUCUAGCUGCAAAGACUGCCUCAACCUGUGUUUGCUAUCAGCUCCAGCAGUCUGAUACAAUCAGUCCUGUCUGGCAGCAGAAGUGUGAGCAGGCGUUUUACAGCUCGGCCCUCGGUCCGGAAUUAGAUGCUUGUCUGUGGUCACUGACUGAAAUCCUGAAAAGACUUCUUAAAGGAGCUCAUCAAGACUUCUUUGGGAAACUUCUGGCCGCUCUUGACUCCAGCCUGUCGGCUUUAUGCUCAACGUUUCUCCCCGGAGAGAGAAAAGAGGGAACACGCUGUGUGGUGGAUCUCAGCAGCUGCAGACGCUGGGGAACCGCCUCGUGCCUCCUGCUGGACCUGCUGGAGGUGCUGACCGCGUCCAGUGUGAUACGUGGAGGUGUCGUCUGUCUGGAGAGUCAGAGGAUAACCCACGUUCGCUCCCCGGCCCUGCUGGCGACGGUCAGCGGCUCGGCACAGUAUUUUGUCAAGAAGCGAGCGCUUCUGCUCCUGAAGAGAGCCGUGCUGCAGAAGGCGGGAGAGGACUGGGCUUUAGGAGACGCGCCGCCCGCCGGGCCGAGACACGAGCACUUCCACGCCGACGCUAACGCGCUGGCUCAAAGUGUGCUGACGGCGGUGGCUGCCGAUUGGCUGCAGAAUGUCGAAGUGGGGUCUGCGUCUUUCUUUGGGGGGACCAGGCGUGUCGAAGGCGAGGACGGCCAGACACCCGACUGUGUGAUGCUGAGAGCCGUCAGCCUGCUUCUCCUCAAGUCCCUGGAGCUUCACAUCCAAUCGGCCGGGGCAACAGGAGUGGGCGGUGCCACAGAGGUCUACGGGUAUCUGCACCGUCUGUGGGGCUUCCUGAGGCGGUGCGGUGUCCAGCUGACGGAGGUCAGUCACCGCUGCUGCUGGGUCAGCCUGCUGUUUGGCGACCAGGACGACGACAUGAUGGAGGCAGCCAAAGCUUUGUUUUCCAUCUUCAUGCAGCACAGACGGUGUUCCGGCUUGGAUGACUCUGCCGUGUUGGAGGCGGCGUGUUCCUCUGGCUGUAACCCUCACUGCCACUUCCUGCUGCUGCUUCAGAGCAUCUCCUUCGAUCACAGCAUCCUCCUCGACUUCCUGAUCUCCACCGAAACCUGCUUUCUAGAGUACUUUGUGCGGUACCUCAAGUACCUCAGAGCUGACUGGCGGGGCUUCGCCGCAGCAUGCGGAAGAAUCGGCUUGCCAGGCGGUCAUCGGUCAGCACAGCAGUCACUAACCGGUGGUGACGCGUUGAAGGUGACCUGUACAGGCGAGCCCGAUGGAGUCGAAGUCGGCUCCCGUGUCCAGCUCACAGGUGUUAUUCCCCCGGUGGGAACCAUCCGUCCGGCUGCUGGGUUUCACCUCGUCGACUACGAUAGCUCUGACCAGUCUGAUCCAGAGAGCAUGGAGGUUUCUCCGGAGGAACCAGGACCGUCUGUAUGUGAGACGAGUAGAUUUUGUGCCUUGGAUGUGAAACAAAAGAUGAGUGGAUCACCGAUGUCCAUCGGGCAGCGACAAUACGAGUCGUCGGCCUCUAAACCUUUGGCCACACGGGAAAGAAGACGGGAAGGGUCUUCACCGUCUUCAUGUCCAACCAUGUCGGGACGGCCGCCCUGUAAAACAUUAGCCAGAGCAGUGCUCUGUGUGUCAGAGCUCCGAGAGGUGGUGGCGAGGCUGCAGACGAAGAAGCUCUUUCCAUACAACCCUUCCUCGCUCUUAAAGCUCCUCGCACAAGUAGAGAACUGUUCCAAGCAAUCACAUCUGGUACUUUUCAAGAAAGAUAUAUGACAAUUAUGCUUUGGUCCAGUGUCUGUUAGUUAAUUCACUCAGGUCCGAAAUACACACAUGCUCAAACUGGACCCAUACACGUGCAUUCAUGUUUGUACUGUCGGAAUAAAAGGAGACUCGAUAAAAACCUAGAAGAGCGCCGGCCAAUGUGCUUGUUUUGUAUCAAAUACUGUUUCCCUGUCAAUAUUUUAUAUAUAUAAAAAUAUAUACACUACCGUUCAAAAGUUUGGGGUCACUUAGAAAUGUCUUUAUUUUUCAAAGAAAAGCACUGUUAUUUCAAUAAAGAUAACAUUAAUCAACAAUACACACUCUACAUUGUUAAUGUGGUAAAUGACUAUUCAAGGUGGAAACGUCUGGUUUCUAAUGAAAUAUCUCCAUAGGUGUAUAGAGGCCCAUUUCCAUCAACUAUCACUCCAGUGUUCUCAUGGUACAUUGUGUUUGCUAAUCGCCUUAGAAGACUAAUGUCUGAUUAGAAAACCCUUGUGCAAUUAUGUUAGCACAGCUGAAAACAGUUAUGCUGGUGAUAUAAGCUAUACAACUGGCCUUCCUUUGAGCUUGAAGUUUGUAGAACAAAAUUAAUACUUCAAAUAUUAAUUAUUAUUUCUAACCUUGUCAAUGUCUUCACUAUAUGUUCUAUAAAAUGUUCAAUUCAUUUGAUAAAUAAGUGAGUUUUCAUGGAAGACACAAAAUUGUCUGGAUGACCCCAAACUUUUGAACGGUCGUGUACACAACCGUUCAAAAGUUUGGGAUCACUUAGAAAUGACUUUAUUUUUCAAAGAAAAGCACUGUUUUUUCAAUAAAGAUAACAUUAAAUUAAUCAGAAAUACACACGAUACAUUGUUAAUGUGGUAAAUGACUAUUCUAGGUGGAAACGUCUGGUUUCUAAUGAAAUAUCUCCAUAGGUGUAUAGAGGCCCAUUUCCAUCAACUAUCACUCCAGUGUUCUAAUGGUACAUUGUGUUUGCUAAUCGCCUGAGAAGACUAAUGUCUGAUUAGAAAACCCGUGCAAUUAUGUUAGCACAGCUGAAAACAGUUAUGCUGGUGAUAUAAGCUAUACAACUGGCCUUCCUUUGAGCUUGAAGUUUGUAGAACAAAAUUAAUACUUCAAAUAUUAAUCAUUAUUUCUAACCUUGUCAAUGUCUUGACUAUAUUUUCUAUUCAUUUGAUAAAUAAAAGUGUGAUUUUUCAUGGAAGACACGAAAUUGUCUGGGUGAUCCCAAACUUUUGAACGGUAGUGUAUAUAUAUAUAUAUAUAUAUAUAUAUUUACUGCAAUUCCUUAUCAGGCUGCUCUAAUAAGUCCCUUAAGUCCCUCCAGCUAAUCCAGAAUGAAAAGAGACAUUGCUACAUCGUUUUUAAAAUAUAUUUUUGUUGGUGCUUUUUGCACCACAAGCUGAGUGACAUCGUAUUGUCCUUAUAAGCUGGAGU